CUUGCAUGUGAAUUGCACUUGCACUCUUAAUGAGACCUAUUAGUCCACCACCUCACUGUCCCCCACUUCCCCAACUUAAAGGAAAAGAUUUCGAGGAGGCAGCAGGCGUCUAAAUUGGUGUUUGAGUAAGUAUACCAGCGGGCGUCUAAAUUUGGCUCUGUGUUCAACAUGAAAUGUGAAAUUCACACUGUUGCGUGGUCAAACGCACAGAUUCCACGUUGCACGGCAUACGUGGAAGGAUACAAACUCAAAGACGACACGCCACGGCUCCUCGCAAUCAGGUCGCGCGCAAACCGUUCAACGACUUCUCGAGUUCCAAUUUCCUGGGGCCUCAGGCGGAGAAUCCUCCCAGCUCGCUUUGGAAUCUCGCAUCCAACCGGUCCAAUGAAUCCUCGCCACGCAUGACGCCGCGCGCAGCCUGGCUGACCGAAAGCGUUCAAAGUCGUGCUGUUCGAUGGCGGCCGCGGAGAGAGGGGGGUGUGCUUGCUCUCUUUGGACCUCAGAAUUUUGUUUGGCGACGGUUGAAACCAAACCCUCUCGCCAAUUAUUACGUGCCCCCCUUGCUCUCUCUCUCUCUCCGUCCCAGACUAAAAAAUCUUGAAUGCCCUGUUCCGCUCCUCUUUGAUUGCCAAUUAUUUUUUUCUUUUUGCAGUAUUUUCCUCGCCCCUUCUGGAUUCUAGUUAGAAUUUGAUAUUGAGAAGCUAUUCUUUCUUGCUUUCUGUCUCGAUCGGGUGCUGUAUUGGGAGUUCUGGGCCGGUGAGAUGGCGGGAGCUCGGUCGAUGGUGAUCGGUUCCGUUGCCGUCGACUCCCAUCCCUCCGCUUGCCUCUGCGUCGACUCUCUCCCCCUCUCCAAUCUCAAUUUCAGGGGAAGCGGGGAUGCUCACAGGAUCCCGACAUGCCGGAAGGCGUCGAGGUCGUCGGCGGGUUCUUUGGAGCUGAGCAGCUCCUUCGUCGACACCUGGCAAGGCCGGCGUCCCUCCGCACGAUCCAGGAAGCAGCAGAGCAAGAGCAGGAGCAGGAGCAGGAGCCUUAUUGUCGUGAAUGAACUCGCCGGGCAGUAUGAAGAGGGCUUCGAGGAUGUUCGUGUGCAACUUAUCAAUUACUUCACCUACAAAGCCGUAAGGACUGUUCUUCACCAGCUUUAUGAAAUGAACCCACCAAAUUACAUGUGGUUCCAUAAUUUUGUUGCAGACAACAAACCAAGUGAUGGCAAACAAUUUCUACGUGUUCUUGGGAAGGAGAAGCAAGAUCUAGCGGAAAGAGUGAUGAUUACACGCCUUCACCUAUAUGGUAAAUGGAUUAAGAAAUGUGAUCAUGCGAAAAUGUAUCAACAAAUUUCCGAUGAGAACUUGCAACUGAUGCGCGAAAGGUUAAUGGAGACAGUCAUAUGGCCAUCUGAUGACACAAACACAGAGAAGAUUGGCUGACAACUAUGGGUGCAGUUGCAAUAUUAUGCUCAUCUUGUAGUAUAGUUGAUUACUUUUGUCACAUUCUCAGUGAUUUUCAUCUCAAGAAUUCUUAUGUAUAUAUAAUCUUGCACAAUCUAAUAAGGAAUAUCAGGUGGUCUCUUUAUGCUCUUA